CAUGGUGGUGACUGAUAUGCUGCACUUGUCUCUUCACUUUCUAAUCAUAAUUAAUUAAUUAAUUAAUUUCCUUCCUCCCGUCCGCAGUUCUUUUCCAGUUGGUUGUGGCUACCAGGAUCAACAAUCUCAUUUUUGUGUUAAAAGAGGCACAGGGACAAGCAGAGCAAGUAGAGGCAAAGGUGAAAUUAAAAAAAAAAUGGAAGUGAGUAACAAAUACAUAGUGAUAAAGCAUUACUUCGAAGAUGCACCAAAAGAGUCAGAUUUUGAGAUAAAAACAGAGACUUUAGGUUUGUCAGUAGAGGAAGGAAGUGAUGAUAUGAUAGUGAAGAAUCUGUAUAUCUCUAUUGACCCAUUUCAGAUCAACCGCAUGAAGAGCUUUAGCGCUUCCCAAGAUGCUAUCAGCUAUUCCACCCGCAUAACUCCCGGCAAGGCAAUUGAUGGUCCUGUUAUUGGAAAAGUUGUGGCUUCUGGUAACAAUAAGUUCGUGAAAGAUGAUUUGGUUCUUGGAGUAUUCACUUGGGCUGAGUACUGUUUUGUGAAAGAAACAACCAUCAUGAGAAAAUUAGAGCCCUCCGAAUUUCCACUCACUUAUCAUCUCGGGGUUCUAGCAAAAGAGAAGGAGAGAGUGUGCAUUGGGAAGCUGCGAUGGAAAGGGAGAGGAAAGAAAGGCUGCGAUGGGGAGAGAGGGGAAAGAGGUUGCGCUAGGUCGGGGGAAGGCUGCAAUGGAGAGGGAGAUGGAGGAGCAGUCUACGCUCGGAAGGUAGGGAUUAAAUUUGGGGUGUGGUUUGCCAAGUCAUCAAAAUACGGUGGCCAUGUUAGCAUUGUAUACUUGUCGAAGAUGUUAGCAUUGUAUAUUUGUCGAAGAUUUGUUCCGACGAAUUUGGGGACACGUUUAUUAAAUUUUAAAAUUUUUUAGAGACCAUUUUAUUAAUAACAAAAGUCAGGUACCAUUUUGUUAAUAUCAGAAUCUCUCA